AUGCAAGUCGCACAGAGGCGUCAAAAGAGUUAUGCGGACGUCAGGCGUAGGGAGCUCGAGUUUGUGGUAGGUGAACGGGUGUUUCUUCGUGUGGCACCCGUAAAAGGGAUUUUACGAUUUGGGAAGAAGGUCAAGCUCAGCGCAAGGUUCAUUGGGCCUUUUGAAAUUUUGGAACGGAUCUGCCCAGUCGCGUAUAGGUUGGCCUUGCCACCAUCGUUGGCAGCGGUUCACAAUGUGUUUCACGUGUCUAUGCUGAGGAAGUAUAUUCAUGACCUUUCGCACGUCUUGGACCCCGAACCAUUGCAACUGGAUGAGUCCUUGUGCUACGAAGAGGUACCCGUCAAAGUUUUGGCAAGAGAAACCAAGUUGUUGAGGAACCAGACGAUUCGCUUGGUUAAGGUUUUAUGGAGAAACCACCAAGUGGAAGAAGCUACUCGGGAGCGGGAGGACGAUAUCAAGGCGAGGUACCCUAAACUGCUAGAACAGUCAACUUUCGGGGACGAAAGUUUUUGA